AUGAGAGAGAUGGGAAGAGAAAGAGAGGCAACAAAAGUAGCUUACACAGUUGAGCAGCUUGUAGCUUUCAAUCGAUACAAUCCCGAUAUUCUUCCAGAUCUCGAAAACUAUGUCAACGACCAGGUUUCAUCGCAAACAUACAGCCUAGACGCCAAUCUCUGCCUUCUUCGCCUCUAUCAGUUUGAACCGGAGAAAAUGAGUUCCCAGAUUGUGGCUCGCAUAUUGGUUAAGGCGCUUAUGGCAAUGCCGGCUCCAGAUUUCAGUCUCUGUCUCUUUUUAAUUCCAGAACGUGUGCAAAUGGAGGAGCAGUUCAAGACUUUGAUUGUUCUGUCUCAUUAUUUGGAGACAGGAAGAUUUCGGCAGUUCUGGGAUGAAGCAGCAAAAAGUCGUCAUAUAGUUGAAGCUGUGCCAGGGUUUGAGCAGGCAAUCCAAGGAUAUGCAGUCCAUGUCCUUUCCUUGACAUACCAGAAUAUUCCUAGAACUGUCCUUGCUGAGGCUAUUAACAUCGAAGGUUUAUCAUUGGACAAAUUCCUUGAGCAUCAAGUGGCCAACAGUGGUUGGGUUAUUGAGAAAAGCCAAGGAAGAGGUCAACUCAUUGUCCUUCCUAGAAAUGAAUUCAAUGACCCAGCUUUGAAGAAAAAUGCUGCAGACAGUGUACCAUUGGAGCACAUUACCCGCAUCUUCCCUAUUCUUAGUUGA